CAAGCAAAGAUGAGGACCAGGAGCUCAGACGCUAAAGCUGAUGCCGACCAGGCAAGCCCUUCCACUUCUCACGGUCGCAAGAGAUCGUCGGACCAGACGGAAGCAAAAGCAGCAGAGCCCAAACCCAAGCAGGCCAGAAAAGGCAGAAGAACCAGCGCCUCUCAAGCCGAAGCGUCAACUUCAUCGGGACAAACUCAGAAACCGCGUCUCACAACCCCAGAUCUGGAAUUUGAUUUCGACCGGGACCAACUCCGAGACCCACGGCCCACUCCGGGCCGUGUUAAGCGACCGCGAUAUGGUGAUCAUGAACUCACCCAGGAAUUCAAGCAGCGGUUCCAUAUCCCCAAGCCACGACCAAGAGACUUCGAGCAUGAAGCAUUGGCAGACCCCAGCGCCACAUUCCACGAUCUCCAUGUCUGUCACAAGAAGGGACCUAAAGGCUCGCCCACCUACGACUCGGCAGGCUUCCAGCUCGACUACAACAAGGUGGCCAAAUGGAUGAAGCCCGUGGCCUACAACAAGAAAAGGAUGGUCAGCGGCAUGGAAAGACACCUCGAGGAACAGGCAAAAGAGGAUGAAAAAAUGAUCAAAAGCUUCUUUGUUGACGGCAAGCACCCAGGAAAAUACAAAGGUGGCGAGUUUAUGGAUUUUCUGAGGGACCAUGUGUCGAAGGACUUGGGGGUCCCCUGGCAUCAGAUUGAUUCUAAGCGCGUCAAGGAGUGGGAGGAGAAAGGGUUUGAAAAGAUUAAUGCGGACGAGUGGUGGCAUGAGCCGAAUGAAGUGGAGAGGAAGAGGUUCAUGAAAAUGUUGGAGGGUGCAAGUCUGCGCACGGAUCUUUGA